AAUUAUAAUUACUUAGUUUGAAGUAAAAUUGGAGAGCAUAUAAAUACGCUAGAAUUGUCGCAGAAUUUACUUCGGAAAAAUGAAUUCCAUUUCUUCAAAUCGCCUUACAGGAAGAGUUGCUGUAGUAACAGCCUCUACAGAAGGUAUAGGCUAUGGCAUUGCUAGAAGAUUAGCUCAAGAAGGUGCGAAGGUAAUGAUUAGCAGUCGCAAAGAAGAAAAUGUGAUUAAAUCUGUACAAAAAUUAACAAAUGAAGGUUUGUCGGUAUCAGGACAAGUUUGUGAUGUGACUAAUGCGGAACACAGGCAAUCUUUAUUCAAAAAUACUAAAGAAAAAUUUGGAGGUAUUGAUAUUUUAGUAUCUAAUGCUGGUAUUAAUCCAAAACUUGGAUAUGUUUUAGAAUCUGAUGAAUCAUCUUGGGAUGAAAUGUUUCAUGUAAACGUUAAGUGCUCCUUCCUUCUUGCCAAAGAAGCACUUCCAUAUUUACGAGAACGUAAAGGCAGUAAUAUUGUUUUCGUAUCAUCAAUUGCUGGAUUGCAUCCAUACCCGUACAUAGGUGCAUAUUCUGUAAGUAAAACGGCACUAAUAGGUUUAACAAAAGCAGCAGCGAAAUCACUUGUUACUGAAAACAUUCGAGUCAAUUGUUUGGCCCCCGGUAUAGUUAAAACUAAAUUUUCCACAGACGUAAGUUCAAAUCUAAACCAAAGAAAUUCAAAAUUAAACAUGACAAGUUCCGUGGGAAGAAUACCAAUGCAAAGAAGUGGUACAAUUGAGGAAAUGGGAGCAGUAGUGGCAUUUUUAGUUUCAGAUGAUGCUUCUUAUAUAACAGGAGAAACUAUAGCUGCGGGUGGUGGAAUUGAUUGUAGAUUAUAAAAUAUUCAUGAAAAUUGUUUUUAUUCGAUUAGAAUGUUCCGUUUAUUGGAUAAUAAAAAAU